AUGUAUAACUGUUGUUUUCCCCUUCGUUUGGUGUACUUUGUUUGGAUAUUCGGGAAGGGAGAUGUCGACAUCCACUUAUUUUUUUCCAUGCCCCCCCCGCCACACUCUGUUCGCGUCACCACACCACCUUUUUCCUUAUCUUCGUCAAAUGUGCGCACAGCAGCUGUACCCUAUAGGAGCACUUCUUGUUAUACAACCUUUACUUUUUAUUUUGUCCAGCAGCUGAAUGACUGCUUCCUCCCUUCUUUUUUGUCCGUUUGUUUGUUUUUCCCCUUCACUUCAACUUCACUUUACUUUACCGCCACCGCUGCCCCCGGUGUCUCACUGUUUUUUGUCGGCUCGUGUAAGUAUUGCUGUUUGAUUCGGUGCAAAAAGGGAAUUGGAGUAGGAGCGAAGGAGUGA